CUUGAUUCCACAAACGUGAAUCCAAAUUCCAAACACCCCUCUUAGCUUAUUUUAAUAAGCUGAUAGUAACAGCUUCUGCAAGCUUAUACGUGUGUGACUGUCUCGGGCCGUGACACCUCCUUCCUCUGCUCCGGCGGCGCCUCCUCCUUCCCACCUCUCCGCUCGCGCGCCCCUCCCUCUCUCUGGCGGCGUCUCUUCCUUCGCCGGCGAAGAGUGACGGCUUUUCUGCAAGUGUGUGACAGAACGAGGUUAUGGCGCGAGGGCUAUUCCUAUCGCCACCAACUCUCACUGCAACUUCUCUACUAUCUUCAUUCUCCAAAACCCAACCCAAAACUUUCCACCUUUCACUAUCUUCCCACCUUCUGCACCACCAUCGUUCUCUUCUUCCACUGUCAUGCUGCAUCACCGUGUCUUCUUCUUCCCCAGCUCAACAAUGCCUAAUCAACAUCUCCAAAUACAGAGAAGCAUUUUCCAGACGAAUGGCCAUGGCUGGUCUCAAACCCCACCACCGAAUUGCUUUGGGAGUCUCCGGUGGCCCUGAUAGUAUGGCACUUUGUGUGUUGACUGCUGGAUGGAAAGCUGCUGGUGUUAAUGCUCUGAGCACUGAGAGUGGUGGUUUCAUAGAUGGCCUGUUGGCAAUAAUUGUUGAUCAUGGACUUCGUGCUGAGAGCAAAGAGGAGGCAGACAUUGUUUCUCGCCGUGUUUCUGAAAUGGGGAUCAGAUGCGAGAUUGCCAGCUGCGAUUGGCCAAGUGGCAAGCCGAAACAGGGUCAGUUGCAAGAAGCUGCUCGUGAAAUGAGGUACCAAACGUUUCACGAUGUUUGUGCCCGAAACAAGAUUGGGGUAUUGCUUAUUGCACAUCAUGCUGAUGACCAGGCCGAGUUAUUCGUUUUAAGGCUUUCUCGAAACAGUGGUGUGCUUGGACUUGCAGGCACGCCUUUCACCUCACACAUUUUCCCUACACAUACGCAUCACUACUGUGAAGUUCCCGAGAACCAUGGCAUCAUUCUCGUGCGGCCUCUUCUGGAAUUUUCAAAGGAAGAUAUGUACAAGAUAUGCCAAGGGGUUGAUGAGGAUUGGGUAGAAGACCCAACAAAUCAAAGCCCACUAUUCACACGUAAUAGGAUACGGAUGGCACUGAACAAUUUGCCUUCUUCUACAUUCAAGUCUGAACUUCAAAAAGUGAUUUCUUCAUGUCGAAUAACCCGUCAAUAUGUUGAUCAAAUUUGCGAUAGCUUGAUAAGUCGUGCUGUGGUUAUCAUGGAUCAUGGAUAUGCUGUUAUUGAUUUACAGAUUCUUUGUACUUUAAAAGUUGAGGACAUAUUCCUGAUGAAGUUUCUUUCCUUGGUCUUGCAGUUCAUUUCACAAAGGCAGAGACAAAUCAGAGGCAGUGCUUUGAAAUUGCUAAUGGACUACAUUCGCACGUUUCCAUGCAAGAACUCUAUUACGGCAGCAGGUUGUUACCUAUGUCCCGAUCCUGGUUCUAAAGGGUUCAGAGUCUUGGUUUGUUGUUCUGUUGACCAUGCUUUGCCUUUAAAGAAGGAAUUUUUUGAGUCAUGCUCUUACAGACAACAGGAGUAUUGUGUAGCCAAAGACUUGGGAAAAAUUAUAGAGGAUGGAAAAUCAUAUGCGAAUCACUUUGUUCCAGAUGCAUCAGAUGUUCACUUUUUGUAUGUGAAUCCUGAGUCAAUUUUGAAUGAAGCCAAAAGACUAAACAUGAUCAGUGAAUCAACCUAUUGUAGUAUUCUUGCAUUGCAGAAUCAUGAAACCGAUCGCUUCAGGUCUAAAGCAGAUGUCAUUUCUGAAUCUGCAUCAAAGCAUGGGGUUGAAAGUGUUUCUACUUCUGGCAAAUCACUUCAGCCAGGGAAGUGCUGUUACUUCAUGGAUCGAUUCAUUCUGACAUGGAAGUUAAAUGAUAACAUCAAUAGAGAUGCACUUUCUGAUUAUGACAUGAAUUUAAGUAGGAAGGGUGGGAGCUUUUGUUGCACGUCUUGUGUAGUUGAUCAUGAUAAAUUUCCUGAAGUGCGACCCAUGAUUGAAUCUGAUUGGUUGUAUCUUGCUGAUUUAUCAAAAUACCCACUUCCAGAAAACGUCCCACGAUAUGUGGUUACAUCUGAAAAUGGAACCAAACAGAUGAUGGAGAAAACAGCUCCAUGUUUGCACUACGCCAGUGUAUCGGCAAAAAAAGCUCUUUUCAUGUUAAAAUCUAUCCCGGUUGCUGCGAGGAGAAGCCUUCCUGUUCUGAUCAAUCAACAAGGACAAUUACUUAGCAUUCCUAGUGUCAAUUUCAGGCAUUGCCCCUGCUUGAUGAUCCAUGUGGAAUUUAAGCCAAAAAUACCACUUGGGGGAGGUCAUAGCUCAUUCAUAUAACACAAUAGUGACAACACAAUCAUGAUUGCAAGAACAUUUUGGUGGUUUCCAGUGCUUGUUUCAAGUCAACCGAAAAGGACAUGUCAAAAUGGAAGUAUAUCCAAGCUGUGACUUCGGGCGCCCACACUCUGCUUCUUACCAAACAAAGUUCACCUUCCACCUCCAAAUUGGCACAAAUUUCAUAUCAGAGAGGUGCUAGGUUUGUAGGCUAAUGGAUGUAGAAGAUCCAUGGGGACAUCAUUAAUGAUAGGGUGUAGAAUUCGCAGAACUGAGCAGCAUAUUCAAAUUACCUUAUCAAGGAUUUACAAUGAAGCUUCCUAGAGGCUCUUUAAGAGUUAACUUAUUUGCAUGUUUGACUGUAACAAACAAGCUUCUUGCUGACAGAGCCUCUCAGGCAACCUGGUAGAGUGGGGGAUGGCGGUUUCAUGAGGAAUGCAGAUUGAGUUUUUGUUGUGUGCUCCACUUCUACAACUAUGCUCUAUUACAUAAUAUUCAUGCAGAUGGAAGUGGAUGCUCAAGUUGUGGAUUAUGGAGUCAGUAAUUCCUUGUAGCAUCAGAAUGAUGAGGAGAUUGAACAAGUAUUGGGUGAUUUACCUGUAUACCUUUUACCCAAGUUGUGGUACUGGCAAUUUUUCCAAUUCAUUAUGACUUUUAUUUUAUGUGUCUAUAGACUAUAUAUAUAAGUUGCUGCUAGAUGGGAAUGGAAUGUGUUUGUGUCUCUGUUUUUUUUUUGUACUUCUUAUUUUGGUGCCAUAUGAAGUUAAAUUAUGGAGCUAGUCUUAGGAUUCUUUGGAGGAACAAGGUUGACUGAACUUUGAUUGGGGCCAUUUCCUUAGGAUGUCAUCCACCUACAUUUUAGUUGGGACAAAGAUAUUAAAGAAAAUGUUAGAUAAUUAUACAUUGUAAGUGCAAUUAAGUUUUAAAUAGAUAUUUAAUUAGGUUUCAAGUUUCAAAACUCAUUGCCACAUUAUACUAAAUUAAAAUUAAAAAUAGCUAAAAAAGUAAGAUGAAGAGAUGUGAUUAGACACAUGUAACAUGAUUUACUUGUCAGUAUUUACUAAUUAAAUUUGGAAAAAAUUAAUCUUUUGUGUGUUUUGUCCUAUAUAAUCCAUUCUAUAGCAUCAGUUAAGGAUUAGCCCUUUGACUCCUUUCACAGCAAAAGAGUUUUAGUCCGAAGAUCUUUCUCAAACAGUAUUCUCACUUAAUUACUGUUGGAAAGAUUUCCAUCUGUGAUGUUCAAAGGGUUCAAGUGCAUUCUGUGUUCAGCACUCAAUAUGACUCAACUUCCAUAGCUGUGAAAUACUGAAAUCAUCAAAUGUUCCAGCAGCAUGUUUUAGUACUUUUUAUGAAGGAAUUAUGGAACCUAGAGUAUAUGCAAAGUUGAAUCAAGGAUUACAGGGACAACACAUAUAGUUGAUCAGUCAUAAGUCAUAACACAGUUUCUUGAGGAAUUGCUUUGGGUAAGACUCCAGUUGAAGUUGCUGGUUUUUUUCUCUAUACCAUUGGUAAGUUGGCCAAAUUGAUAGAUAUUCUUUACUUUUAAAAUUUAAAUGGUGUUGUAUUUAGCAUAAAAAGCUGUCCUAUGAUAUAUGUACACAUCCCAAUUUUGCCUGGAUCCAAUCCAAUUUAGCUAGUAAUAAAAAAAUUCAUAGAAAUUAUAAAUCCUUAAAAGCCAUAAAAAUGGCCAAAUCUAAAAGCCAUAAUUCGACAUGAUGUAGAAAUGGAAGCAUUUAAUUUGAUGUAGGGACUCCUGCAAUUUGAUGUUCCUUUGAUAAAUAGGCCACCAUAGACAUAGGUAUUCUCCCUUCUACCUGCAAUUGAAGGGAAAUCAGUUAUAGGGCUUGGAAGAUUUAACAUAGAAACUUCUUGCUGUUGACUUCACUGAGAAUUGAAAGGUAAUUGCAAUCUCUCGCCACACUGAACAUUGAUGGUUGAUUUUGUCAAAUAAAAAAAUAGAAUUUGGUUCUACUGUUGUGAAGUGAUUACCUAUAUCUCACAUCUCACACAAUCUUUCUGCAGGAUAAAACCAUUAAUGGGCACCCACAAGAAUGUCAAGUUCAUGUGUGCUGAUGUCACAUCUCCAAACUUGCAUAUUCUCAAAUUGGUUACUUAUGUAUCUUUCAGAUCAAGAGGUACUUAAAGAGUGCCAUAUGAGUGAUUAUAAGGGGGGUUUCUUUGAAAUUUCUCUUGUUGGCUGUAAAUGCAUUAAAGCUUAUGUUCAAAAUAAGAAGAAUCAAAAUCAGAUUUGCUGGAUAUGGCAAAGAGUUGGAUCAUGGGGUUCCAGAUGUUCCUAGGUAGUGUUGAGUAUAAUCAUAAGGAUAUUUUUCUCUAUGAGAGUUUUUGGCCAAGGCUUUGUGAGUACAGUGAGGACUUGGUAUGUAAUUCUCAUUUUCCUUUCAAUGUGUUCCCAGUUAUCCUAUAGAGAAUUUCCCUUCCAUUUAAUUUAAGAUGGAGGAAUGGUGUUCCUCAAUUAUAUCCUUAUGGAUUAAAUAAGUUUAGUCCUU